AUGUGUGACAUGGGGGGACUGGAUAACCUGGUGGCCAACACGGCCUACCUAAAAGCCCAGGGUGGCGAUGACAAGGAGAUGAAAAAGCGCCGCCGCAGCUUGGCUCUCCCCAAGCCCGACCAAUGUGUUGCAGUACGACAGUCCCUUGACAAGGACUUUACGUCGGUUUGUGAAAGGCAGCCUAUUGGCAAAAAGUUUUUCCGCGAAUUCCUGGCAAUUAACCCCGAGUUUAAGCUUGCUGCUGAUUUCCUGGAUGAGCUGUACGAGUGGGAUCUGGCUGAAGGUGGAACGAAAGACAAGGCACGCCAAGCCAUCAUCACCAAGUAUUGCAAGGCUGACUCCAAGAAGUUCCUGACCUUUCUUACCGGGGAGCCUUCUGACAAACUCAAGACUGUGACAGAUGCCAACUUUGAGGAGGUGAUGAAGAGCAAAGUCCAGGAAGGUGUAAGAGAUUUUCUGAAAGACAAACCCUUCACAGAUUAUCAGGCCAGCCCGUCCUUUGAUAAGUUCCUCCAGUGGAAAGAGUAUGAGAAGCAGCCCAUCAGUGACAAAUACUUCUAUGAGUUCAGAACUCUUGGUAAAGGAGGCUUCGGAGAGGUGUGCGCUGUUCAGGUGAAGAACACAGGCCAGAUGUACGCUUGCAAGAAGUUGUGUAAAAAGCGACUGAAGAAGAAGGGCGGUGAGAAGAUGGCCUUGCUGGAGAAGAAGAUCUUGGAGAAGGUCAACAGCCUGUUUCUGGUUAACUUGGGCUACGCUUAUGACACCAAGACCCACCUGUGCCUAACCAUGACCCUGAUGAAUGGAGGAGACCUCAGGUACCACAUCUACAACAUGGGCUACGACGGCAAGGGUGUGGACAAGGGCAUUGAGAUGAAUCGCAUCGUCCACUACACGGCGCAGAUCACCACCGGCAUUCUGCAUCUGCACGAAAUGAAUAUCGUAUACCGCGACAUGAAGCCGGAGAACGUGUUGCUGGAUAGCUUCGGCCAGUGCCGACUUUCAGAUUUGGGUCUGGCCAUAGAGCUUGUUCCAGGGAAACAUGUCACCCAGAUGGCUGGUACCGGAGCAUACAUGGCCCCUGAGCUCCUGAACAAAACUCCAUACAGGACAUCAGUGGACUGGUGGGCCCUGGGCUGCAGUAUCUACGAAAUGGUGGCCGGCUACACACCUUUCAAAGGUCCGGAGAGCAAGAAGGAGAAGGUGGAGAAGGAGGAGGUGCAGCGCCGUAUUCAGAACGAGGAACCAAAGUGGGAGCACAGGUGCUUCGACGCUGUCACCAAGGACAUCAUCCAGCAGUUCCUCAAGAAGAAGAUCGAGGAGCGCCUGGGCAUGAAGAACGACAUGGAGGAUCCCAGGAAGCACGAGUGGUUCAAGAAAAUCAACUUCCCCCGUCUGGAGGCCGGGUUGGUGGACCCCCCCUGGGUCCCCAAGCCCAACGUCGUCUACGCCAAGGACACCGACGACAUCGCCGAGUUCUCCGAGAUCAAGGGCAUCGAGUUUGACACCAAUGACAAUAAAUUCUUCAAGGAGUUUAGCACAGGCGCCGUAGCCAUUCAGUGGCAGCACGAGAUGAUUGACACCGGACUGUUCGACGAGCUCAGCGACCCCAACAGGAAAGAGGGUGGAGGGGAUCCCGAUGACGAGAAAAAGUCUGGCACGUGUAUAUUGCUGUGAGAAGCCACGUGUUUGAUAUCAUAUAGCGGCAAUGACACUCAAUAAUUUGUUUGUUUUCUCAGGCGAGCACGAGCGUCUUUGUCAAGAAAGUUGUACCAUCCCUCUCUUUGCUAACGGUUUAGAGAUGCACUGCUUUGGAGGCAAGGCUCAGUAAAAUAUGGAGGAUGUGGUGAUGCAUUUUGAGCACCAUCUCUCUGGUUCAGAGCUUCUCUUGCAAAUAUCUAAUGAUGUAGACUUGCAACUGUACAACCUUUUUAUUAAGGACACUAGUGUUAGAUUAGUAAUUUAAAGGCCUUUGUGCCAUAAAUACUAUAUUAGAAGAAGAAUAAACUAAAUCCAAACUAUCUGAGAAAUACAUUUUCUAACAGUGUUUGCAGUAGAAUUACCUGCUGCUUUUGCAUUCAACAUUAAGCUUUAAACAAAUUGGACCAAACGUAGAAAUAUCUUUUAGUGGAUUGUGCAUUUCAUAGCAUCCCCCCCACACGCCACCAUCUUAUUGAUGCCAUCAUACAGUCACACUGUUUCUACAGUGAAAGGAGCUUUUUAAGCAAUGUGGCAACGAUAGUUCUAGUGUUUAAUAAUAUAUAUUGUGACCCUAAACCUCAUAAUUAAGGAUGAUUUAAGGAUCAUUUACAUCCAGGUGUUUUUCCUCCCGCCCAACAUUUUAGUUUUAUAAAAACUACAAAAAGCAAUUGUAUGUAUUGUAUAUAAAGAAAUUAUUUAUCUAUGCACAGAGAGAAAGGUAAAGAUGUAAGUCAUCCAAAAUGUAGGAUUUAUUUGAAA